AUGUCGUCCCUCUCGCUCGCGUGCGCGCCGACGCCUCUCGCGCGCCGACGCCUCUCGCGCGCCGAGACGCGCGCGCCAGCCGUGCGAGCCGCGUCCGCCCGCGGCACCAUCGAUGACGACACGAGCGCUUCAUCGGACACUCCCACCGCGGCCGCACCCGUCGGCAGGAGGUCGUCGCUGCUGGCCGCCGCGACGGCGAUGACGACCUCGGCGAUGACGUCGUUCGCGCCGGUACCGCCGCGCUCCUUCGCGGCGAGCGCCGACGCGUUUGGGACGACGACGAACAUGCGCGCGCUCGCGAAGGCGUUCGAGGAGGCCAUGGCCGCGGGCGCCGACUACGACGCCGCGGAUCGCGCGUGGACCAAGGCCAUCGAGCUCGCGCCGCUCAACUCGGCGGCGUGGUCCAACCGCGGCACUAAGCGCCUGCAAGCCGGCCGAUGGGCGGACGCGAGGGCGGACCUCGAGCGAUCGGUCGAGCUCUCCCCGGACCAAAACAACCCGGAUCCGCUGACGCUCAACAACCUCGGCAACGCGGAGGGCGCGCUCGGCAACUGGGACGCAGCCAUGGCCGACUACCUCGAGGCGAGCAAGGAUCCGAGCCGCGAGAUGGAGAGCAUCGCCCUCGCCAACCUCGCGCUCGCCAAGUUCCAGGUGAACGACGUCGACGGAUCGCUGAGGGUGGCGAGGACCAUCCUUCGACGCGAUCCGGAAUUUUGGGACGUUCGCGCGCUGGCCACGGCGGCGCUGUGGGCGUCCGGGCGCGAGACCGACGCCGAGGCGGAGUGGCAAGCGCUGUGCCGAAGCGGCCGGGGGUUCGGCGCGCCGGUGUCCGCGGAGAACGCGAGGGACGGGCGCGGGGGGAUCGAAGGCGACGUCGCGUACGCGGCGCGGUUACUGGAGCAGCAGGUGGCGCAGCAAGCCGCGGUGGUUCGCGGGACGAUCGGCGCGGACGGCGCGCGGAGGGACGGACGCGAGUUCGGCGGGAACGGGGGCGGCGGCGGCGGGGGCGGGAUGGGGGAAAAUGCCCCGUGUCGAAUGUACGAGUCCACGGCGAUCGUCGCGCCGCGGUGGCCGCCGAGAUGCACCGCGGCGCUGGACGCGUUUUUGAAAGUGGCGCGGGUCGGGGAGGCGCUCGACUACGACGGCGUCGUGAAGCGGUACGAGUUUUGAAAGUAUCGUCGGUGGUAAUUACAAUCGUCGGUGGGCGCCUUAUUUUACAUCAAUCAAAGCCGGCGGCGUUUCUCGACGCCGCGGGUAAAUGUCGUUAAUAGGCUGGCGCACUCGGCGCACUCGGCGUCUUCGUCGCGUCGAAGAAUGCGACGCGAGAGGCGAGAAAGAACGUAGUGACAAUCUCGGGCGUCUUCGUUCGCGUCCAUCGCCGCUCACUGGCAAGCCUGCACCAGGCGAUCCACGGAGGGCUCGCACUGCUCAAACGCGUCGAUGUACGCGUCAAACUUAUCCUCCUUGGCGAGGUUCGUUUGGACGUCGUACGAGCACUCGCUCUCCGUCAUCUUGGCCUGCGCGACGCACGCGAGGAAGUUGAAGGGCUCGUCGGGCUUCGGGCCCGGCUUGGCGCACGCGGCGCCGAUCGCCUUGGACGCGUCAGCGCACUUCUUCCAGUCGUACGGGGAGGCAUCCUUGGCAUCCUUGGCGGGGCCCGCGCACGCGUCGCGCAUCUUCUCGAGCGCGGCGUCGCAGGCGGCGUCGGCGGGCUUAGCCUUCGCCUCGGCACCCUCGGCGUCGGCAGCCUCGAGCGCCUCGGGCGCGUCCUCGGGGGGCUUGGGUCCCCACUUGGAGCACGCCUUGGCGAUCUUCUUGGACGCGUCUGCGCACUUCUUCCAGUCGUAAACGGCGGUUUUGUCAUCCGACGCGGCGCAGGCGUCGUCCAUCUCGGCGAUGGCGGCGUCGCAGUCGGGGUUACCGCUGGGCUUGGCGCCGAAAGCCUCCGGUUCGGGUUCGGGGGGAACCUUGGCGCACUUGUCCGCGAGGCGCUUGGACGCCUCGGCG